AACUCCUUGAUCGAGAAGGAAUUAAACAACAAUAUGCCUGUUUUUAAUUCCAAACAGAUGAUGUCCAAGGAUUCCAUUCUCUCGGAAUGUGACAUCACCGGCCAACCAGCAUCUACAAUAAACCAGGACAAACCUAAGUCAAAGACUUGCAAGAGAAAAGAGGCAGGGCCAGCAAAUGGAGCUCAAGUUAUUGACAAAUAUGCAUCAAAAAAAUCUUGCCAAAGGAGAUUGUUUGUUUGUGAAGAUAGUGAAAAUAUUCCAAAUAGAUUACAAACAACCACAGAAAUGCUACAUUUCUUACUUGGAGACUCGGGGCUCUUCACAGAAUACCAAAAGUUCAGAAAGCUCUCUCGGAUGCAUCCCGCUGACAAAAGUUUUAAGCAGUGCUACGACUCUGUCCUGGCUCGUGUUCAAACAACAGUCUCUAAAAUUCAAAAUGAUGCUGGCAAGAACCCCCUGCAAAUGAAAGAAAAGAAGAAAGUCUGUGAACAGCUGAUGUUACACUGGGGAAUGUACUAUUUCUAAAUAUUCAUUUUGGUCAAAAUUGUACAAUUAAAUGAUCAUAUCUGACAGUUGUGUUCUGUUUACAUAAAAAUAAUAAAAGUGAGCUGAAAAUAAUCAAAACAGUAAUAG